AUGUCCGGGUCCGGGUCCGGGAGCCCCUCCCGGGGCAGCCCUUCCCGGUCCCAUCGGAGGCCGCUACAUGAGCGCUCCAAUUCCCAGUCCAACUCCCUAGCCAUCCGCAUCGUCCCCUACAGCCCGCCUCGUCCAAGCGACAAAAAUCGAGAUUCGACCGCCUCGGCUUCAUCAUCACGCACUCCGACCUCGACCACCGCACUGCUUUCUCCAAACCCUUCAGCUUACGAUCACACCAGCUUUUCAUGGACCGACGACCGCACCGCCAGCCGUGCCAGCGACCGCUAUUCCCAUAGACGGUCUCAAUCCUCUAGCACACGAACCUCAGUGCUAUCGCCAGCCUCUUCAACCUUCCCAUUGGUGAGCGCCAGGGAUAGCGGUGUUUCAGGCUCGAAACUGCGAUCCGACUCCUUGCCCGGCGACGAAUCGUCCCCCACCACCCCUGUCCCUACCACUCCACCACAUCAGACUGAUAUUUCCCACGUUAAUGCACGAUCCCGGUCUACCCAGCGCAGCGCCGACAACGAGCCUGUCACACCCUCAGCGAAGCGCCCCUUGUCCCGCCGUCGCAAUCUCAUUACGCUCAACGCCGACGGCAAGACCUUCUCCCUCUUGCCUCAGGGGCAGCGGGCCGGAACCCAAGGAGACCAUGCCUCUAGCACCGCCCCAAGGCUGUCACUUUCGACUACCGCCUCGCAUGAGCGCCUUUCAGACGCCUUCAGUGAAAAUCGUCCCAGCUCAACCGUUACUUCCUACCCGGAUCAAAGCUUUGCAUCCACGUUAACCCCGGCAUCCUCGACCACGCAAUUAGCAGGUGAUUCUAUUACUAGCACAGCCGGGUCUUCGUCGUCGCCCUGGAACUAUCGAAUGGUCGGUGGCCUACGCAAGGUUCCCAAUACUCCCGAUCUCAAGCAGAAGCAAAAGUCGACGCUACUCUACCCGGAAUCCGAUCCAGCCCCAUCCUACCCGUCAUCCCCAUCAGGCUCUCGACUCGCGCCGCUGCCAGAGGCCCCUACCACCGAUUCGUCUGAAUCUUCCGACCCCCACGAUUUGCAGCCUAAAACCUCCUUUCAGUCAUCCGUCACUGCGUCCACGUCUUCAGAAAAGACCAACUACAAAGUCUACGGCUCCAAUUCACCCCAAGCAACCGACGCCGACAGCGUUUUACAUGCUCCAUCGACGACCUCAGAGACGACAAACUACAAGGUGUUCGGCUCCAGCUUACCUUCUUCGCCCGAACGAGAGGAGUCGUUGCAGCCGCCAUCAUCGAGUCACUCCAACUACGUAGUUCUCGGCCGGUCUUCACCUCCAGAGCCUUCUUCUGCCGAGAGAAGUCCCCCAAAGACGGCCGAUAGCGAACAAAACUACGUUGUGCUCGGCGCAUCGUCCCCAGCACCAUCAUCUGUAGCCUCUAGCCGUCGUUCCCGUAUCAGGCCCGAGUACUCGCAGGAAAGCCUUUUGGUGGCCCCGCUGAAACCCUACAAGGCGAAGAAGAGGUCCAACGAGAGGUUUGGAUAUUACAAGUCGCGAUCGAGGGAUUCUUUACGCCGUGCAGCGUCGGUGAAGUCGAUUUCUGGCUCACUCACUCUCGAAGCAGCCCAGAGUUUCCUGGCAUCUCCUGCCGCAUUUUAUCGAUCCCGUGUUCUGGCCAGCCAGCCAGGUCGGCAGCCUGACGCGCAAGCUGCGCCAACGGAGCCCGCCCCCAUUUCUGUUCCUGCUGAAUCCCACAUGACCACCCAUCCUCACCAAUGGAGCUCACAACUAUCCACCGUUAUUUCGGAGAGUGAGGGGGACAGCGAGCCUCCUUCACGUUCCGUGUCACCAUGGUCUGUGCCUGGAAGACGGGGUAGCAUACCUUUGAGCAGCCAUAGCCGGCAGAUGCUCAGCAUUUCAUCGUCGCUAGCUGCCAACGAGGAGCGCUCACUUUCUCACUCAAGAUCCUUCACGGAUUCUCUCGAACGUCCUCAAGCUACACACAGCAGAGGGAACACGCUUCGUAUGGUUACCGACCGAGAUGAACAUGGCGACGGCCUGGCAGAGCUGAACCAGCUUCAUCAACGUCCUUCACGGACCGGCCUUUCAAGCUUCUUCUCGAGUUCCUCAUCGGAUCGGAACCUUCACUCCUCUAGUAGCUCCCGUGCGAAUAGCCUUAACUCGGCGUCCAUUCCGACUUGGGCCAAGUUCUACUACGGGAGCGGGGAACGUCGAUUCCUUGCCAGCUCAGGAGACUCGAUGAUGUCGGAUCCGAACGACAGCCGGCCACCCAGCUCGUUCCAAAGCCAUUCCCCCAGUGUCGAACAGCUCGCCAUGAACAUCUACAGCCCCAGGCGGCGGCCAAGGGAGGUAAAUCUUGCCAACCCUCGGCCAUUGUCAGAUGUCGGCUCCAUGGAGAUCAACCAAGCGCCGUUAACGGAUAACCGAAUGCGCAGCGGGUUAAGAAAGAAAACAUCCAGCAUCUGGUCACCCCACUUGCGGCGUGAUCAGAGGGCAGGUCGUCACAGCAUCUGGGAGCCACCUUCCAUGACGUGGUCUGGCGAGACAAGCAUGCUGGGCAAGCGAAACGUGCAAGUUGCUUUCUUCGCUCUGGGAUUUAUAUUCCCAUUUGCAUGGAUGAUUGCUGCCUUCCUUCCGCUGCCCCCAGACCCUCAAGCUGAGAUGGCCGAGCGCGACCCUAGAUCAAGCCUGAUAGAUGAAGAACGAGGCCUUCCUCGGCGAGUUGCAGCGGUCGACGAGACCCUCUUCCAAAGCGCCCGUUGGUGGCGUGCACUUAACAGGUACAUGUCCGUCAUCGGUCUUCUCGUCGUCGGCGCCAUUGCGGCUCUCGUUGUCGUCGGCGUAAAGCAAGGCUGGGGCCAAAUGGCGUAG